UUUUUACGGUACUUCCAGACAACACGGACGAGAAAAGAAAUGGCCAGUCCCAGCUGUGGAGGUUCUACUGGAGGUUUGUGCACUGGCUACUCGGGGAACGAGACUGGAGGUCCAGGCCACCCUGGGAACGAGACUGAUGGUUUGUGCACUGGCCACCCUGGGAACGAGACUGAAGGAGAAAAACCCUACAAGUGUGACCAGUGUGACUAUGCGGCAGCAUGGAAAUCCCAUUUGGACAAGCAUGUGACCAAACACACCGGUGAGAAACCCUACAUGUGUGGGGAGUGUGGGUACCGGGCAGCUCAGAAGAUUAACUUAACCGUACAUAUGAGAAUGCACACAGGUGUAAAACCCUAUAAGUGUGACCAGUGUGACUAUUCUGCAGCACAUAAAUCCAGUUUAUACAAACACCGCCUAGCAAAACACACCGGAGAGAAACCCUACUUGUGUGGGGAGUGUGGGUACAGGACAGCUGACAGGUCUACCUUAUCCCGGCAUAUGAGAACUCAUACCAGAGAAAAAUCCUACAAGUGUGACCAGUGUGACUAUUCUGCUGCAGAAAAAUUUGCUUUGGUCCAACAUCUAACAAAACACACCGGUGAGAAACCUUAUAUGUGUGGGGAGUGCGGGCUCAGGACAGCUUGGAAAUCUACCUUAUUAAGACAUAUGAGAACACAUACUGGAGAAAAGCCCUACAGGUGUGACCAGUGUGACUAUUCUGCAGCAGAGAAAUCCACUUUGGAUGACCACAUAACAAAACACACUGGUCAAAAGCCCUACAUGUGUGGGGAGUGCGGGUACAGGACAGCUCUAAGGGCUAACUUAUCCCGACAUAUGAAGACCCAUACAGGGGGAAAACUCUACAAGUGUGACCAAUGUAACUAUUCUGCAGCACGAAAAUCUGCCUUAUCCUUUCAUGUGAAGCGUCAUACAGGAGAGAAACUUUACAAGUGUGACCAUUGUGACUAUUCUACUACACAAAAAUCCAGUUUCGACAUUCAUCUGGCAAGACACACUGGAGACAAACCCUACAAGUGUGACCAGUGUGACUAUUCUGCUGCACGGAAGUCCCAUUUGGACCUACAUCUAGCCAGACACACAGGUGAAAAGCCCUACAUGUGUGAUGAGUGUGGGUACAGGGCGGCUCACAAGUCUAACUUAUCCAGGCAUAUGAAAACUCAUACUGGAGAAAAACCCUUCAAGUGUGACCAGUGUGACUAUUCUGCAACAAGGAAAUCCACUUUAUACCAACAUGUAGAGAAACACACCGGUGAGAAACCCUACAUGUGUGGGGAGUGUGGGUACAGGACAAAUCAGAAAUCUACCUUAUCUAUCCACAUGAGAAGUCAUACCGGAGAAAGACCCUAUAAAUGUGACCAGUGUGAUUAUUCUGCAGCACACAAAUCCUCUUUGGACCAACAUCUAGCAAAACACAGUGGUGACAAACCCUACAUGUGUGGGGAGUGUGGGUACAGAACAACUCACAAGUCAGCCCUAUCGAAACAUAUGAGAACUCAUACCGGAGAAAAACCCUAUAAGUGUGACCAGUGUGACUAUUCUGCAGCACAGAAAUCCCAUUUGGACUAUCAUCUUACAAAACACACAGGUGAGAAACCCUACAAUUGUGGGGAGUGUGGGUACAGAACAACUCACAAGUCAGCCCUAUCGAAACAUAUGAGAACUCACACAGGAGAAAAACCCUACAAGUGUGACCAGUGUGACUAUUCUGCUGCACAGAAAUCCAAUUUGGACAAUCAUCUAGUAAAACACACCGGUGAGAAACCCUACAUGUGUGGGGAGUGUGGGUUCAGGUCAGCUGGCAGGUCUACCUUAUCCCGACACAUGAAAACUCAUACAGAAGACAAACCCUUCAAGUGUGGAGAGUGUGGAUACAGGACAGCUAUCAAGUCCGACUUAUCCAGACAUAUGAAAACUCAUUCAGAUGAAAAGAGAAACCGUACAUGUGUGACCAGUGACGGGGCAGCUGGAAAGGAUGAGCUGUCCGAACAGAUCAAAACUCACACCGCAUAAAAACCCUAUAAGUGUGAACAGUGCGACUAUUCUUAAGCGCAGGAAGCUCCUUUGGAUGAACUAAUGUAUGAGGAAUGUGUAGAAAUAAUGUAUUUGCUAUAUGAUAGCUUAGAUGAUGAAUAAGAUUGGUUUGAUCAUACAUGGUAUUAGGACAUAGUGCAAGUCCAUUUUUGCCGCGGACCAAAGUCUUCUGUUGUUCUCGCAAAGACUUGUUACCUCUUAUCUGAUCAAUGGUAGAUGUGUGUCAUUUGCACGCUUUACUUAAAUCCUUUUUUACGCUUGACUUAAAUCCCAUUUUUGAUGACCCAAGUAAGAAAGCCAACUGGAAAAAAACUAUGAUGAGUGUGAAGCGUUUAAAGCUAACUUGGUUUAAGUAAUGUAUUUGGUAUAUGAUAGCUUAGAUGAUAACAUUUGUGUCAUUGGACACUUUGAUUAAAUUCUUAUUAACAUGAAUGUAGAAUGUAACAAAAUAUGAUUUUUCAUACAUGUA